GUAAUGUCAGAAUGCGACUGGACACAUCGUACGAAGCUAGAAGAAGGAGGGGAAAAAAACACAGCAAACACAUUAAACCGUACACAGCUGUGUUUUGUUGCAGAGUAACAAGCAUUGCGUUGAUGCAAUCGUAGGAAAAAAAAGAACAUUCUUAAGACACACACAUUACUAGAAGCACCAUGAGUGACAAGAAUAAGGAUGAUGCCACACUUCCUCUGAACCUGAAGAAGAUCGUUCACACGGAGAAUGGCGUACAGCGAAGUGUCGCUGCACUGCACACAACCUGGAAAGAUGGGCGAUGCUUCACCAAGUACACCGCUUUUCUCGUCAAUGGAGAGGAACCCGUCGGCGAUGCCCUCCUGGAGCAGUGGGCAAACGAAACGGAGUGGUUUAUUAAGGACAUGAAGCAUCUACUAAAUCUCGAGUAUCACAAAUUCUGGUCCACGAUCGUGCACAACGCGACGGCGCUGGAGAGUGUCGUGUCGUUCAUGCAGAAUGCGCUCCCGUUCUAUCUCGUGCCGGUGCUGAAGGCGCUAGACAACGAACGCGUCCUGCCGCUCUACACGGCAGCCCAUGCGCACGUGUUCCGGGUGAUCUGCCGGCUGACCACGGUGCGCGAGAGCGCCACGUGCUGGAUGGAGCCCGAGUUUUACGGCAAGCUGGUGUACAAGCACUUCAUCGUCACCGUGCCGUUCCUGUUCGAUCUGAUCUCGGUCUACAGCCGGGACAACGAUGCGCAGAUUGCGCGCAUACUGGACACGGUGCUGCAGCUGCAGCCAAAGUACAUCCAGGAUCUGAAGCACGGAUUAAGCUACCUGCUGAACGCGUUCAACAUCAUCCAGACGCGCUGCGAGUCGGAGCUGGCCGAUGCGACCGUGUCCGAGGCGACGCUGAACGAUCUCACGCUGUACGCGCAGGACUGCAGCAGCGUGCUGGUGCAGCUGGUGACCGUUUCGCCCACGCUGCGCACGAUCUGCGCCGAGCUGGGCGUGGAGUUCGCGCUCAGCAACUUCUACGACAACGUGCUGAUCGUGCUGUACCGAAACAUCCAGGAGGUGAACCGGCAGUCCCGCUACCUGGCCGCGCUGAACGAUAUGCGGGUGGAGCUGCUGGAAACGUUCCGGUCGGUGCUGAGCGUGCAGCUGGAGAAGAUCAUGGACGGGUCGGGCGACAGCCUGCUGGCGGCGGACCGUUUCAUCGGCAUACUGACGGAGUGCCUGGCGAACAGUGUGUUCGUGGGCGACUACAAGAGCCUGUACGACAUCGAGGACGACCUGGCGAUUGUGCAGGUGGGCUACCAGUCGGUCGACCAGGUGAAGUACGACUUCAUCCAGAAGGCGUACGCGAGGGAGCGCCCGAAGCAGCCAGCUGCUCCGGUGGCAUCAGCGGAGCAGCAAGGGCGGGACGAAUCGCCCGCAAACGACGGUGCCAGCCUGUCCGAGGAGGAGCAGCGGGUCGAGCAAAACGUGCGCUACAUCAUGGAGCUGCUGCCGGACCUGGCAGUGGAGCAGGUGCGCAAGGUCGUGCGCGCGUACGACGACGUGGAGCAGGCGGUCAGCGUGCUGCUCGAGCAGGACCAUGCGGCGAGCGGACCGAGCGGUGGCCCGUCCUCCGGCGGCGACCAGCCGCAUAUACCGGCCGAUCCGCUCGACGAGUUUUACCUGCGCACCGGCAUCGACCGGCUGAACAUCUACGAUGGCGACGAGUUCGACGUGAUGGUGAACGACAAGGUGAAGGGCAUCAUCAAGAAGGGCAAGGGCAUGCCGGGGCAGCCGCGCACGCUGACCGAGCUGCUGGACGACAAGAGCCACAUCCAGCAGAUGCGCCACUUCUACCGGCAGUACGAUCUGAUCGCGGAGCAGGAACCGGACGACGACGACGAGUACGACGAUUCGUUCGAGGCGAUGGCGGAGAGCGAAUCGCGCCACGUGAAGGUGGCCAAGGGCGCCCGGAACGCGCUCGCCGACACCGUGGACGCGGAGAGCAGCGAGGAGGAGCAGGAAAGCGAGGAGGAGCAGUCGGAGCAGGGCGCGAACCGGAAUGGGGCGAUGGCGUUCUGCGAAAAUCCGGAGCUGGCGCGGAAGCGGUACGAGGAGCGGUUGAACAGCAAGUACCUGCGAAGGCACGGGAGUGCGGCGGCCGGGCCCAGCCCCAAGGAGGCGGACGUGCGGGGCAAACCGAAGGGCCAGGGGCAGGACGCGAAGGUGCUGCUCAACCGAAGGCACAAGAACGAGCACAAGGCGACGAGCGGCAACCACAAUCGCAAGCAGGGCGCGAGCUACAAGCGCAACCGCGGUAUGCUGCCGUCGUAGUGGGUGAGCGGGGUAGAUGUGAAGGCCGAAGUGAUGGCAUUGCUGUAUGUUGGUGUGUGAUUUUCGGGCAGUAUAAUUCGUUCAAUUGUAUCAUAAAACCAUUUUAAUUUUUACCCAA